AUGGCCAUGAAACGCGUUGGAGGAUGGCUGAAUCCGUCAAAGGGCAGUCUGGCGUCGAGCAAGUCGCGGACUGCUAUCGAUGAACCUCAUGCGUUGCAAGAGGCAAUGCGUUCAGCCUCCCUCAUCCUUAAUGAUGAAACGGAGCGUGCUGAGUCGGAGCUGGCACAAGGUACCUCUCCUUUUCACAAGCUAGGGCGGGCCACCACGAUAUUCCUACGAGCCACCCUCGGAUUCGAGAAAGAGAUCAUGGAACAAGCCUCAUCCCGACUUGCGGAUGCUGAGGAGUCAGCCAGCGAACACCAAAGGAGAGCGAUCCGAGAUCCAUCUACUGCUCACCAGAGCAAGAUAUACCCGGUCGGCGCAGAGUAUGCCCUCUGUCAUGCUGAGACUCAAUUGAUGACCGCCGUGGUUGGCGUCUUGAACGAGAGCUUGACGGAAAGCUUGCGAGGGUUCUACAAGCUGAGGAAGGCGUUCAGUACUUUGCAAGAGCUUGUAGAGGCGGAGAACAGAUAUCUCGAGAAGCAUAUUUCCAGUUCUCAGUCGUCGUUGGCAUCGAGCACGGCGACGAGCUCGGGUGUUAUGACUCCGGCUGAAGACGGUAGCGAUGAUGAAGAUCUGGACUUCCAAGACGCCCAGGAAGGUGUCAAUGGGCAUGCACAGCCAAUGCCAACAGACUACCAGGGUCACCUCAAUCUGCCAAAGGUAGCUGAUCUCAAGCUGGAAGACAAGAGCAAAGUGAUACCAUCAAUAGAGCAGGCGCCCAGUCGGGCGCCGACAACAGAAAGUUCCGACCCUACACGACUUGCGAAGACAGCUCACGAUGAACUCGACUUCACCAGCGUGUCUCGGGAUGAAAUCGACAUCUUCAUACACUCUGGGAGCGCACUGUGUUUCGGUCUGCUUCAGCUCCUCUUAUCCAUGGUGCCACCGGCCUUCUCGAAGCUACUGUCAAUUUUCUCCUUCAGAGGAGAUCGCGAGAACGGAUUGAGAUUGCUUUGGAAAGCUACUGCUUUCAAGGAUAACAUCAAUGGCGGCAUGGCAGGUCUGAUCACUCUCGGCUUUCACAACGCUGCGAUAGCGUUGUGCGAUAUUCACAGCAGGGAGGCCUACCCAGAAGCCCGGAUCCGAGCGCUGUUGUCGGAUAUGCGGUCGUUGUACCCCAAGUCCUUCAUGUGGAUCCUGGAAGAGGCACGUAUGCUCAACGCGGAUAGGAAGCUCGAAAGUGCCGUCGAACUUCUGACUACUGGAUCUGGUGUGUCUCCUCUGAAGCAAGUCGAGGCGCUCCGUGUUUUCGAGACAAGUCUAUCAUUGAUGUUCCUGCACCGCUAUCAGGAGUGUGCAGAUUCAUGGAUUAAAUGUGUCGACCUGAACAACUGGAGCCACGGUCUGUAUUAUUACAUCGCAGGUGCCUGCCACGUUGAGCUUUACCGUAUAACGCGGGACGCAGACCCCACGGCUGCCGCGGGCCACAAGGAGAAGGCUAAGAAGCUCUUCCACACUGCUCACAGCCAGAGUGGUAAGAAACGAUUCAUGGCACGUCAGCUGCCCCUCGACGUCUUCAUUCAGCGAAAAUUCGCCAAGUGGGCUGCCAAGGCAAAAGCCCAAGGUCGCGAUGAGGUCGAGGUCAUUGGCGUCAGUCCUCUUGAAGAGAUGAUAUACUUCUGGAGCGGGUUCCCACGCAUGAGUCCCGAACACCUGCAGCUAUCUUGGGAACGACUGUCAUGGUCCGACGAUUCGAAGCUCAAUCCGGAUUGGAAAGAUGAGCCGGUCGAUGAACGAGCUCUGCUCUCUAUGCUGAAGGCCACUACCCUGCGUUGCCUUGGUCGCUUACCCGAAGCACAAACCCUACUUGCCGAGGAAGUAUUUUGCCAUGAUCUCGCGCAGAUCAAAGCUUGUCCGCACGCCGACAACUGGUCGCUUCCUGUUGGGCAUUAUGAAAAGGGCGUUUGUCAUUGGCAAGAAGCCGGUGGUCAAGACGGAGACAGGGCAAAGUUGCAGGAAUGCAGUAACGAGCUUACACUGGUUGAGCGAUGGGAAAGCUUCGAGCUGGAUGCUCGCAUCGGGCUGAAGCUGACGACUGCUCGGGAGACAUUACGGAGGAUCGGUAUAGGACACGCUUGA